CCCCCGCCACCCCUCCCGUGGCCAAAGGAAGGGGAAACAUUCUCUGUUGAAGUAAAUGAAUUGGGGAAGAGGCUCAGACCCUGCCUCUGAAAAUUCUCACUGGGGGAACUAAGUCCUCUCACUCUGAACUCACACCUGCCUGUUCGCAGCCUGACCUCACAUCCUGGUCUGGAUGUGCGGCCUGACCCGAUCGCGCGUCCAUGUGGUUGUCCUGUGGGUGCCAGCUCUGUUUCUCCCCAGACACCUACUGCCUCAGCCUUAGUCACAGGAUGCGCACUGAGUAGAAAUGAGACCAGUUAGUAUUGGUAACUGCAGAGGAAUCUGCAUUUUCACCAGCGUUCUCCGGACAUCGGGUUUGCCUGACACCGGCGCACGGGGAAACUCGCUAGAAACAGUGCAGGUUGGGGACGCCCCAGGCCGCGGUGGAGUCGCGCGCUGCUUCUAAAGUGGAGGAGAGCAGGCCUGCGCCCUCUCCCUGCCCCGGGGGCUGGGGCUGCGCUUCCAGGUGAAGAAAGACUUCGGCGGGCCGCGCGCGGCCUUCAUCCUACGAGGAUCUCCAUUGGCCCGGCUUGGCUCAGGAAAACGGCGGUGGCUGUGGGCCAGGCUCGGCCUUGGGAACGCGGGGGCCCCUGGGCGCGGGCGCGGGCGCGGGCGCGGGCGCGGGCGCGCGCGGCCAGGAAGGGGUUAAGGCGCAGGCGGGGGCGGGGCGGGGGCGGGCCUGGCGGGCGUCCUCUCUGGGCCCUUUGUUAACGGGAGCGUCCCGGCGAGGCGGAGACGCGGCCGUGGUCAUGGGCGGGCGUGGGCGCGCAGGGCGGUGGUGAGGGCGGCCUGGCGGGGCCGGGGGCGCCCGGGGAGGGGCGCGCGGGCCGAGCUGGGCCUGAAACGGGCCCGCGCGGACUGGGCUGGGAAAGGGGCGCCGGCCCCCGACGUCGCCGGCGCGGGAAAAUGUUGGAGAUCUGCCUGAAGCUGGUGGGCUGCAAAUCCAAGAAGGGGCUGUCCUCGUCCUCCAGCUGUUACCUGGAAGAAGCCCUUCAGAGGCCAGUAGCAUCGGACUUUGAGCCUCAGGGUCUGAGUGAAGCCGCUCGUUGGAACUCCAAGGAAAACCUUCUCGCUGGACCCAGUGAAAAUGACCCCAACCUUUUUGUUGCACUGUAUGAUUUUGUGGCCAGUGGAGAUAACACUCUAAGCAUAACUAAAGGUGAAAAGCUCCGUGUCUUAGGCUAUAAUCACAAUGGGGAAUGGUGUGAAGCCCAAACCAAAAAUGGCCAAGGCUGGGUGCCAAGCAACUACAUCACGCCAGUCAACAGUCUGGAGAAGCACUCCUGGUACCAUGGACCUGUGUCCCGCAAUGCCGCUGAGUAUCUGCUGAGCAGUGGGAUCAAUGGCAGCUUCUUGGUGCGGGAAAGUGAGAGCAGUCCUGGCCAGAGGUCCAUCUCACUGAGAUACGAAGGGAGGGUGUACCAUUACAGGAUCAACACUGCUUCUGAUGGCAAGCUCUACGUCUCCUCCGAGAGCCGCUUCAACACCCUGGCCGAGUUGGUUCAUCAUCACUCAACAGUGGCCGACGGGCUCAUCACCACGCUCCAUUAUCCGGCCCCCAAGCGCAACAAGCCCACUGUCUACGGCGUGUCCCCCAACUACGACAAGUGGGAGAUGGAGCGCACCGACAUCACCAUGAAGCACAAGCUGGGCGGGGGCCAGUAUGGGGAGGUGUAUGAGGGCGUGUGGAAGAAGUACAGUCUGACAGUGGCCGUGAAGACCUUGAAGGAGGACACCAUGGAGGUGGAAGAGUUCUUGAAAGAAGCUGCAGUCAUGAAAGAGAUCAAACACCCUAACCUGGUCCAGCUCCUUGGGGUCUGUACCCGGGAGCCCCCGUUCUAUAUCAUCACCGAGUUUAUGACCUAUGGGAACCUGCUGGACUACCUGAGGGAGUGCAACCGGCAGGAGGUGAAUGCCGUGGUGCUGCUGUACAUGGCCACUCAGAUCUCAUCAGCCAUGGAGUACCUGGAGAAGAAGAACUUCAUCCACAGAGAUCUUGCUGCCCGAAACUGCCUGGUAGGGGAGAACCACUUGGUGAAGGUGGCAGAUUUUGGCCUGAGCAGGUUGAUGACAGGGGACACCUACACUGCCCAUGCCGGAGCCAAAUUCCCAAUCAAAUGGACUGCACCUGAGAGCCUGGCCUACAACAAGUUCUCCAUCAAGUCUGAUGUCUGGGCAUUUGGAGUAUUGCUUUGGGAAAUUGCUACCUAUGGCAUGUCCCCUUACCCAGGAAUUGACCUGUCCCAGGUGUAUGAGCUGCUGGAGAAGGAUUACCGCAUGGAGCGCCCAGAAGGCUGCCCAGAGAAGGUCUAUGAACUCAUGCGAGCAUGUUGGCAGUGGAAUCCCUCUGACCGGCCCUCCUUUGCUGAAAUCCACCAAGCCUUUGAAACAAUGUUCCAGGAAUCCAGUAUCUCUGAUGAAGUGGAAAAGGAGCUGGGGAAACAAGGCAUCCGUGGGGCUGCGAGCACCUUGCUGCAGGCCCCAGAGCUGCCCACCAAGACGAGGACCUCCAGGAGAGCUGCGGAGCACAGAGACGCCGCCGACGUGCCUGAGGUGCAUCACUCCAAGGGCCAGGGAGAGAGUGAUCCUCUGGACCACGAGCUUGCCGUGUCUCCAUUGCUCCCUCGAAAAGAGCGAGGUCCCCCAGAGGGUGGCCUGAAUGAAGAUGAGCGCCUUCUCCCCAAAGACAAAAAGACCAACUUGUUCAGCGCCUUGAUCAAGAAGAAGAAGAAGACAGCACCAACACCCCCCAAACGCAGCAGUUCCUUCCGGGAGAUGGACGGCCAGCCGGAGCGCAGAGGGGCCGGCGAGGAAGAGGGCCGGGACAUCAGCAACGGGGCGCUGGCUCUUACCCCCUUGGACACAGCUGACCCAGCCAAGUCCCCAAAGCCUAGCAACGGGGCUGGGGUCCCCAACGGAGCCCUCCGGGAGUCUGGGGGCUCAGGCUUCCGCUCUCCCCACCUGUGGAAGAAGUCCAGCACGCUGACCAGCAGCCGCCUAGCCACUGGAGAGGAGGAUGGCGGCAGCAGCUCCAGCAAGCGCUUCCUGCGCUCCUGCUCCGCCUCCUGCGUGCCCCAUGGGGCCAAGGACACAGAGUGGAGGUCAGUCACACUGCCUCGGGACUUGCAGUCCACUGGAAGACAGUUUGACUCGUCCACAUUUGGAGGGCACAAAAGUGAGAAGCCGGCUCUGCCUCGGAAGAGGGCAGGGGAGAACAGGCCUGACCAGGUGACCCGAGGCACAGUGACGCCCCCACCCAGGCUGGUGAAAAAGAAUGAGGAAGCUGCUGAUGAGGUCUUCAAAGACAUCAUGGAGUCUAGCCCAGGCUCCAGCCCGCCCAGCCUGACUCCAAAACUCCUCCGUCGGCAGGCCAUGAUGGCCCCUGCCUCGGGCCUCCCCAACAAGGAAGAAGCUGGGAAGGGCGGUGCCUUAGGGACCCCUGCUGUAGCUGAGCCAGUGCCCCCCACCAGCAAAGCGGGCUCAGGUGUACCAGCAGGCACCAGCAAGGGUCCCACCGAGGAGUCCAGAGUGAGGAGGCACAAGCACUCCUCUGAGUCACCAGGCAGGGACAAGGGGAAAUUGUCCAGGCUCAAACCUGCCCCGCCGCCCCCACCAGCAGCCUCUGCAGGGAAGGCUGGAGGAAAGCCCUCACAGAGCCCGAGCCAGGAGGCGGCCGGGGAGGCAGGCCUGGGAGCAAAGACAAAAGCCACAAGUCUGGCUGAUGCUGUGAACAGUGACGCUGCCAAGCCCAGCCAGCUGGGAGAGGGCUUCAAAAAGCCAGUACUCCCAGCCACUCCAAAGCCACAGUCCACCAAGCCAUCGGGGACCCCCGUCAGCCCAGCCCCCAUUCCCUCCACGUUGCCAUCAGCAUCCUCGGCCCUGGCUGGGGACCAGCCAUCUUCCACUGCCUUCAUCCCUCUCAUAUCAACCCGCGUGUCUCUUCGGAAAACCCGCCAGCCUCCAGAGCGGAUCGCCAGCGGCACCAUCACCAAGGGCGUGGUCCUGGACAGCACCGAGGCGCUGUGCCUCGCCAUCUCUAGGAACUCUGAGCAGAUGGCCAGCCACAGCGCGGUCCUGGAGGCCGGCAAAAACCUCUACACGUUCUGCGUGAGCUACGUGGAUUCCAUCCAGCAAAUGAGGAACAAGUUUGCCUUCCGAGAGGCCAUCAACAAACUGGAGAAUAAUCUCCGGGAGCUUCAGAUCUGCCCGGCGACAGCAGGCAGUGGUCCGGCAGCCACUCAGGACUUCAGCAAGCUCCUCAGUUCAGUGAAGGAAAUCAGCGACAUAGUGCAGAGGUAGCAGCAGCCAGGUGUUUGGUGUCAGGCCCACCAGAGCUGCCUGCGGGUCCACCCGUACCUGUGACAGUGGCUGACAAGGGACCAGUGAGUCAGCACCUUGGCCCUGGAGCUCUAUGCCAGGCAGAGCCCAGGGCCCUGUGGAGUCCAGCUCUACUACCUACAUUUGCACCGACUGCCCUCCUGCACCUUCCUCCUCCCUGCCCGGGCACCCUGCUCCGUCUCUGUCCUCGAGUUUUAUCUGUGGAGUUCCCGCUCCGUGGACUACAGUUGGCAUGCUGGGGCCCGCCAGCCUCGCUCCUGCUUAGCGCUCCAGGCUCUCCAGGCCAGGUGGGAAUGGCUGAUUUGGAGUGUCCUUUUCGUUUUCUCCCUGGAGCCCCUCUUCCCCUGGCUGGGCCUUUUCCUUCCACUUCUCCAAGAACGGAAGCCUGACUGAGGCCUGUGCAUCAGGCCCUCUGCCUGCACUUCCUGGCCUUGCCCCUCCUGUGCUGAAGACAUGCUUCAAGAACCACAUUUCGGGAAGAGCACACACGGCCAUGCACAUGGCUGGUCACUCUGCCCUCUGCUGCUGCCCGGGGCGGGAUGCGCUCAACACUUCCUCACGUGCAGGACGGCUCUUGAUUUGGGUGGAAAUCGGUGCUAAAGCCAACCAGCCUUUUGGGUCCUGGGCAGGUGGGAGCUGAAAAGGAUGGAGGCACCAGCCGUGUCCUUUUUGUCUGUCCUCUCCACAUCCCUGGAGCCCAGCUCUUGCUCUCUCGUGACGUGCACUGUGAAUCCUGGCAAGAAAGCUUGAGUCUCAAGGGUCCAGGUCACUGUUACUGCCAACAUCCCUCCCCAGCAGAAGGGAGGCAGUGGUAGUUGGGUGAACAGCUGGUGCCAGAUAGCCCCAGACUGGGCCAGGAAGGUCUGCAGGGGCCCAGAGUGAACCUUCCUUUCACACAUCUGGGUGCCCUGAAAGGGCCAAUCCCCUUCCUGCUCCUCUAACAUAAGGGAGAUUCUUACAAGGCCCAUUCCUUUGGAACAAGACAGUCUUCACUUUUCUGAGUUCUUGAAGCAUUUCAAAUCCCUGCCUCUGUGUAGCCACUCUGAGAGAACAGAGCUGCCACCGGGCACUUGCACACACGCAGGAGGAAAGGCCCUGACCAGUCCCGGCCGCACUCUUGAACUGGGCGAGUAUCUUAUUUAAUUACCAUGAGUGACAUAGCCUCAUGUUCUAUGGGGUUCAUCAGGGAGUGUUAGGAAAACCACAAAUGAAGCCCCUGAAGGCAUCGAGUGUUUCACAGAGCACGCCUGGCAUCUUCUCCCCGAGGCUGCCCCAGGCUGGAGCCCAGGUAUGGGGGCUGUGACUCUGGGCAGGGACCUGGGGUCUCCUGGACCUUGACAGAGCAGCUAACUCCAAGAGCAGUGGGCAGGUGGCUGCGCCCCGGUCUCCACAAUGGGAGAACCAGGAGGAGCCGCCUUCCCGCCCCUGUGCUGCCUCGUGCCGCCAGCCUCACACGGGCCCUAGCUUUAUGCUCGUCACCUAAACUUGGACUUUAUUUUUCUGGUAGAAAUGGUUUUCUCUGGAUCGUUUUAUGCGGUUCUUACAGCACAUCACCUCUUUGCCCCCAACGGCUGUGACCCAGCCCAAGGGAGGCAUUAGUCACCGACAGCGGCCUUGAAGACAAAGCAAAGCACCCACCCAGGUCCCCCAACCGCCUGUUUCUGUGAGGUACUGGUCCCUUUUUUUUGUUAACGUGAUGUGCCACUAUAUUGUACCCAUAUCUCUCAGUAUGCAUCUUUUAUAGACGGUCUUUUAUCAGUGGCGCGUGCACAGCGCCCACCCUGCUCCCUCGGACGUGUGCAGUGGUUCCUCUGCGUCUCUUGGUCUAGUGCAUUUUGUUUCUGUAUAUGAUUCUCUGUGUUUUUUUUGAACCCAAAUCUCUCCUCUGUAGUAUUUUUUAAAUAAAUCAGUGUUUACAACAUUAGAA